CUCUCCUUCCCAACUCCCUUUGUACAACAGUUUUGUCUUCUUUUGGUGUUUGUCAACAUUCGUUUCGUCCUUGUGCCGACGUGUUUCCCCCUCCCGAACCUCUCUCUUAGACGCCUGGCACCUGUGUUCGCAUAGGAAUCCCAUCGCCGACCUGAUUUUUCUCUCGAGGCGUUGAUUGUUUUGGACAAUUCGGCCCUUGCCCACGAUGGCCUUCAAACACGGGCUUAGUGAACGCCUCGACGAGCUGCGAUUCCCCUCUCCACGAUCCCCGCCCUCGGAAUCUGCGUUCCCCGGAUAUAGCUCGCUUUCCCCUGGUCACUCGAACUUUGUAUCGGGCUUCUCGUCUCGGCCUGCGGGUGACGUUCGUGCCAAUCUGCAGCGCCGCUUCACAACCGAUUCGAGCAAGUUUUCGUCAUGGAAUUAUUUAAAUCAAGGCUCGAGCCCUGCGCAGGAUCCUCUGGAUCUCUUGUCUUCGCAGUUUGAAAAGAAACGCCAACAUCUGGAGUACAUGCGUGAACAGAAACGUCGAUUUGAGGAGGAUAUGAAAAUGCUGGACCUACAACACGAAAAGGAGAAGCUGGAGAUGGACCAGCUUGCUCGCGACCUGGCUAAGGCUGGACUAUCUGGUCCGGUCAGCGAGCCAACUACCCCGCCUGAGUACCGCGAGAGCUCGGUGUCCAGCGCUUUCAGCCGCCCUGCUCGUUUCUCUACUUCGAGUGUCACCUCUUCGCCUGGUUUCUUCAGCGCAUUUGCCCCCUCCAACUUGACCUCGCCCCAAGCUCCGUCUCGUUCUGCGCACCAGCCGGUUGACCGCUUUACUGGUCACUCAGUUCCUGGCUCCCGUCGCAACUCUGAGAAGGACGAUUUCCUCGCUGAACCUUCUUCACCGUUCCGUCCUGGCCCUUCUGCCCACCGCUACUCGCUUCCAGCGAGCAACUUGAACGCCCAGGUUCGGUCCAAUGCCUCCGGGUUCAACAACGGAUCUGGUAUCGACUCUUUUGCCGCCGCCAAGUACCUUUUCCCCAGUGAUGAAGAAAAGCUACAUGGCCCUCUGAAGGACGUUGAUCGCUUGUCUACCCCGGAUAUCAAGAGUUACAUCAAGAUGACUGAGACCGACGAUAAAUUCCCUACGUUGUCCCGCCGUGGUGGUGCAAACCUUGUUCUGUCUGCCAACCCUGAUGCCCUUGACCUUGCCAACUCGCGCACUCCUGGUCCCGAGACUUAUUCCAACCACAACCGGCACCGCUCGUCUCACCAGAGUAUGCCGCAGAACAUCUCGGGUUUGAUGCGCAUGGAUCAGCUAAGCAGCCCAACGAACGAAGACCACGGUACCUCGACUCACGCAUCACGCCAUAUCGCUCGUCACUCCCUGGGAAGCAACAUGUCCUUCCAGGAUGAACGUCACGAUGAGACCGCAACUCCUGUUCCGUCCAGUCGCCCGAUUGCUCAAUCCUCAUACUCGACCAACGACUUGCCUACCAUCAAGGGUAAUGGAAUCGGCAAUGCCGUCACGCCUCCUAACAAUCAAAUGGACAACAUGCACCACCACAAUGCAAGCAUGGGACGCAUUCCUCAGAGUGCCGUGAACAAUCGCCAGGGAAAGGAUUCUCCCGAAGCAGAUGACACCAACCUUCAGAACGGCUCAACAUCUCAGACUAUCCUGCAAGCCAGUGCUGCGCCUUUCGGGCCCCAACUCACAUCGGCUGUUUCCACAAACAAUGUCCCUGGAGCGGUUGCUCCAAUGGCUCUGCCUUUCCAAGUUCCCGCCUACAAUUAUGCAAUCCAACCUUAUGCCCCCCAGACUCACCAUGCAAACCACAUGUCUAACCUCUCCGCUGGUUACAAUGGCUAUCCCUCCUAUCCUGGCUCUGGUUUCCGCUUUUCUGACAACUCUGCUCGAGGUGGCAUGGCUGCACGUCGCCAGGAGAAUGAGGCGAGUCAGCUCACACGCUUCGGCAACUUCCCCUUGGAGCACUAUAAGGGUGAGCUGUACAGCUUGUGCAAGGACCAGCAUGGCUGCCGAUACUUGCAGCGCAAACUGGAGGAACGUAACCCGGAGCAUGUGCAGCUGAUCUUCAGUGAGACAUACAUGCACGUUAUCGAACUCAUGACCGAUCCCUUCGGUAACUACCUUUGCCAGAAGCUGUUGGAAUUCUCCAAUGAUGAACAGCGUACUGCCCUGAUUGACUUUGCCUCUCCGCAGCUGGUGAAGAUUGCUCUUAACCAACAUGGAACCCGUGCAUUGCAGAAGAUGAUUGAGUUUAUCUCGACUCCUCAGCAGACUCAGACCGUCAUUGGCGCUUUGCAGCGCGAUGUUGUUGAGCUUGUGCAGGAUCUCAAUGGUAAUCACGUCAUUCAGAAAUGCCUUAACCGCCUUUCCCCCGAAGAUGCUGAGUUCAUCUACGAGGCUGUUGGUGGCAACUGCGUGGUUGUUGGUACUCAUCGUCAUGGAUGCUGCGUUCUUCAGCGCUGCAUUGACCAUGCUUCUGGUCAGCAGAAGGCUCGUCUGAUUUCUCAAAUCACUUCGAACUCGUUCACUUUGAUUCAGGAUCCGUUUGGGAACUAUGUUGUGCAAUACAUUCUGGAUUUGGCUGAGCCUCAAUUCACCAACCCUCUCUGCCAGACAUUUGGAGGAAACAUUCCUCAGCUGUCGAAGCAGAAAUUCAGUUCCAACGUGAUUGAGAAGUGUCUUCGAACUGCCGAUAACUACAUGAAGCGCCAGAUGAUCGACGAGAUUCUUCGGGGCAAUGAGCUUGAGAAGAUGUUGCGUGAUUCCUUUGCAAACUACGUUGUGCAGACUGCCAUGGACUUCUGUGAUGCCGAGACUCGCAACCGCAUUGUCGAGGCUGUCCGCCCCAUUCUCCCAUCUAUUCGCCAGACACCCCAUGGUCGCCGCAUCGCUGGUAAGAUCAUGGCUGCUGACACCACCGCCAGCCGAAGUAGUAACAGCAGCACUGCCACCAGCGGCCAUGUCACUCCCAAUGAGAUGGAGCACAGUGCUCAAAUUCCCAAGACCUUGCUCCAGAAGCCCUUCAUGUACCAACAGAGCGGCCAAUCCUCCGGCAUCCAUUCUCCCACCUCGUCCAGCGGAUACAGCUCUCAGACCUAUGUCCCUCACUCUUCCCAGAGUUCGGUCUCUAAUACCCCCUCUGGACAUAGUGAGAGCUCUUCUGUUUACUCCGCUCCGAGCUCGCAGCCACCUGUCAAUCUCGGCUCGCAGAGUCAACUCUUUACAUACAUUUAAUUGAGCCUGAUCAGCCCAAUUAAUGCAUGUCUUCGACCUAAGUGUACCCAUAGUGAGACGAUGCGACGAAAUUUCUUUUUCACGAUUUUACGGUUACUUUUACAACGCUGUCAUCAGACUGGGCCCAACUGCAUAUGUAUUGAUCAUUUUCCCGUGAUUUCUCACUUGCGUUUUCCUGCAUCGACCUAUGAAACAAUGUGUCAUGAUCAUUGCGUCAGUCCAUGUUGCAUAUUGCAUUUCAUGAAGCGACCCAGCAUGAAGACUUCGGAGCCUUGCCCAAUUUCCUGCUCCUAUCCUCCCCCUGCCCCCUCUUGUACUUCACGUUUCUUUUGUUUCCCCCGGUGGUUACCUUGGACCUCGGAAUCUCUGGCGAUAGUUUUGGAUUGUUCCCAUGAACGAUCUGGCACUCUGUGGCUUGGAUUCUUCAAGGACUGGGCUAAGCAGUUUUCUUUUCUUUAUCAUUAUCUUCGCUUCCCCAUUGUGAUUUUUUACUUAUUUUUACCAUGCUCUUCGCUGUACUUUUGCGCUUUUCUUUUUCUUCCAGCUGCAUUGUGCUGUGCCCGUUACUUCACAUUGGUUCAUCGUUGGGUAAGCUGCGCUGAGGAUCGUUGGCAAGGGCCUUGGUGCCUUUCAUCCAUUGAUACCUCGGUUGUUUGCGGUCAGUUUACUUAUUUUCAACAUCGGAGACGGCCCUGUCGAUUGCCCGUCUCGAUGCAUGUUCCUGCACACACGUUCUGCAUGUAUUCUAGCGCUGGAAAGCGAAUUCG